CAAUAGACAAGUUAGUAAAUCAUUUCGUUUUUUUCCUCGCUAAUUUUCAGAUGGUGGCGUUCGUUUCUCUGAGCAUUAUGAUGAGUUUCUACUGGUCUUUGACUUCAACAAACAAGUACCUUACCAGAUAAUAGCCCUUCUUUAUUAUUUGGCAUGGUAAGCGUAUGACGAGGUGCUCUGUAUCAAAUGCCUUUUUUUAUAUCUCAUUCGUUGUUCCUACACACACUAUACUUACUUUUAACAGCGUUAGUGUUACUUUUAACCCUAAGCCAUUACCAAUCUCAUGAACUAAUAUUUUGAGAUAAAUACAAAACAUCUGGUUAAGUUUCCUAGAUCACCAAACCCACCAAUGCAGGUUUCUUGUAUCCCUCAAUCUGAACCUCUAGAUAACUCUCAACUCUUUUAUGUCAAAUGUGGUCAAGGUUGAUAUCUUUAGGCAAUUUUCAGAUUAAUUUUAUUAGUGUAUAAUAUUUCCAAAAAAUUCAACUGAUGUUUUAUUUUUGAGAACUAAUAACUAGGAAUGGUACGCAUAACUUGUAAGUUACAAAUGUUAGUAUCAUAUUGAAUUAUAUAGGGAUCUAUACUAUUAUUUGAGAAGCGAAUUUGCUGAUUUGUCAUACCAUGAUUUUAGGUUUAGUCAUAUUUUAUGCUCAAUUAUUAUUUUUAAUUAGUGAUUUUGAUAACAAUUUAUCAUUAUCUUCAAAAACAAAUUAUAACGAUAAUAUCAUAUCAUAUAUAUUAAGUAUAUAUAUAUAUAUAUAUAUAUGACAAGUGAAUUUUCUGAUUUGUCAUGUUCUUGAUUUUAGGCUUACUCAUAUUUUUAUAUUUUACUCUCAAUUUUUCGUUUUAAUAAAUAAUUUUAGUGAUUUAGCUGAUAAUUUAUCAUUAUCUUUAGAAUAAUUUAAAUAUUCUAAUGAAAAUCUCAUAGUUAUAUUUAUAUUAUACUAGAUAUGGGCCUUUGCGUUGCAGGAAUUCUGCUUGAUAUUUUAAUUUAUGAAAAUAUCCAUGCUUUAAUCAUAAAUUUAUGAAUUUUUGGAUAUAUUAUAUGUGAGAAUUAUUUUAUAAAUAAAAAUUUAUUUGUCAUGUAAGUUUUGAUUCAUUUUAUAUUUAAAUAAUCAAGGUGCAUAUGCGAGUUAUUAGCUACCUUGUACCUAGGCUUAGACAAAAUAUCCAUGCUUUCAUAUCUAAAUCGAACCUAAUCCGAGAAAGAAAAGUAGAAAAAAUACAAAAAAAAAAAUUAAAAUUGCAUCAAGCCAAUCAAAUCAAUAACAACGCCAAACGCCUGUAAAAACAAAUUAAUUUUAAUUAUAAAAACGGAUAAGAUUUUUCUAAAAUAAAAAGAACUAAAAACAUUUACCUUCUACAGAUGUUUAUUAUUCAUAGAAAUGUUUGAAAUGAUUAUUCUAAAAAUCUUUAUUGUUUAGGAUUUGAAGAAAGGAAAUCUAAUAUUAAACACUCUUUUAAAAUAUGUUUAAGAUUUUAGAAAAGGACAAAUACUAUCAAAUAAUUAAAUCUUUAUGAUUGUAGAAAAAUGAAAUGGGUAUUAAAUAAAUUAUUUUACAGAUCUUAUUAACUAUAUUUUUUAAAAACAAAAAAUCUUAGAAAAAUAAUAUUAAAUAAUAUUUAAAGUAUUUUGUUUAAAAAAUCGAUAUUUACUAUCUUAUUAUAUAUUUUAUUAAUCAUGAGAUAUUUUAACAUAUGUCAAAAUUUUAAAAGGAAAAAUUACAAUCACAUAAUAUGUUACAAUUAUCUUUUCUUUAGGAUUUAGAAAAGGAAAAUUAGCAUUAAAUCAACUAUUUUACAAAUCAUUUUUUUGUUUAGGAUUUUUAAAAAGUAAAUUCUAUAGAAAAAACUAUUAAAUAAUUUUAAUAGAAUUUAAAAAAUUAAAAAAAUAGUUUCAAACAUAAUUUUUGAUUUUCAAAAAGAAAUUUUGAAUUAUCUUCAAAAACAAAUUAUAACGAUAAUAUCAUAUCAUAUUGAAUUAUAUAGGGAUCUAUACUAUUAUUUGAGAAGCGAAUUUGCUGAUUUGUCAUACCAUGAUUUUAGGUUUAGUCAUAUUUUAUGCUCAAUUAUUAUUUUUAAUUAGUGAUUUUGAUAACAAUUUAUCAUUAUCUUCAAAAACAAAUUAUAACGAUAAUAUCAUAUCAUAUAUAUAUAGUAUAUAUAUAUAUAUAUAUAUGACAAGUGAAUUUUCUGAUUUGUCAUGUUCUUGAUUUUAGGCUUACUCAUAUUUUUAUAUUUUACUCUCAAUUUUUCGUUUUAAUAAAUAAUUUUAGUGAUUUAGCUGAUAAUUUAUCAUUAUCUUUAGAAUAAUUUAAAUAUUCUAAUGAAAAUCUCAUAGUUAUAUUUAUAUUAUACUAGAUAUGGGCCUUUGCGUUGCAGGAAUUCUGCUUGAUAUUUUAAUUUAUGAAAAUAUCCAUGCUUUAAUCAUAAACUAAACGAUUUAUUUUAAGCUCUUCUCAUUGCUUUUUAUCAAUAGACUUUUUAUUAAUAUUUUCCAUUUGAAAUUUCCAACUUAGUUAACGCAUAUAACUAAACAUAUUCUAAUAUAAUAUUUACAUUUUAUCAACGAAAAAAUAGGAACAAAACAAUUGAAUUAGAUAUUUGAUGUCGGUUUAAUUUUGUUGGUAUACUUCUCUCCCUUCAGAUUCUAGUGUCUUUUAAUUUGAAAAACCAAUAAAAGAAAAUCUAUGUUUAGAAAAGGAAAUUUGUAUUUGCUCCAAAAACAAAAAGGAAAUUUGUGUUCAAGAAAAGGAAAUCUGAGGCCAAACGGUCAACGUAAACAUUCGGCUUGUUAAGAAAAGGAAAAGUUUGGGUGGGGAAAAAAGGAAAAUCAUAAACAUAUACAGUAUAUAUAUAUAUAAUCAAUCACACACAACAAUACUCACUGCACUUUUCGUUUUCUGAAUAACCUAAAAAGAAACAAAUCGCAGAUACAGACUAGAGUGCUUCUUCUUGUGGGAGAUGACGACCAUCCGCGAGAUCUGGUCUUGGAACAAGGCAGAAGAGAUGAAUUUGGUGCGGGAAUCUCUUAGAAGCUGCAAUUACAUCUCUGUGGACACAGAAUUUCCCGGGUGCCUGAAAGAGACCGUCAUGGAAGCUAGCGAGGAGACUCGUUACCAAAACCUGAGGUUCAAUGUGGACAAAACCAAACCAAUUCAACUGGGUUUCUCCUUAUUCGACAGUGAAGGAGCAAUCAGCGGAACCUGGGAGGUCAAUUUCUCCGACUUCGACGAGACAGAGGAUCUUUGCAACGAGAAGUCCAUCGCCUUCCUCAAGCGCAACGGGCUCGAUUUCAAGAGAAUCAGAGAGGAAGGAGUUGGCAUCAAAGAUUUCUUCACAGAGUUUACUCGGAUGGUUAAAGAUGAAGAAGACAAGAAGAUUAUUAAUUGGGUUACUUUUGAUGGAUCGUACGAUUUAGGUUAUAUAAUUCAAAGCAUGACCGGGCGAGAAAGGCUUCCCGACACGUCACUUGGGUUUAACGACACGGUUCAGAAACUCUUAGGGUUAACUUUCGACGUGAAGAAACUUGCGGGACAGUGCAAAGGACUCAACAGCCGUUUCGGGUUGCAAAGAUUAGCCGACGAGCUUGGCAUCAGACGUGUCGGAGAAGCCCAUCACGCUGGCUCCGACAGCCAACUGACGGCUCGUGUGUUCGCUAACAUAAAUCUCACUUUUUUUUUUUUUUUUUUUUUUGAAUGAAUGUUAAAUUUAUUCACCAAAAAAAGCCUUAUUACA